AUGCCCACCCUCACAAGCAUACUCUAUGCACUGAGCAUAACAGGCGCAACAGCCCUAAACUAUGGCUCCCUCAACAACAACGAAAAACAAUUCUCCCAAGAAUUUCGCGACAACUACAGCAUUCUCAAGCACUACGGUGGCAAUGGUCCGUACUCGGAGCGCCGCUCACACGGCAUCUCGCGCGACCCCCCGCCCGCCUGCACAGUUGACCAAGUAAUAAUGAUCAAGCGGCACGGCGAGCGAUACCCAUCCCCCUCGCUAGGCGCGGGCAUCGAAAAAACACUCUCAAAACUGCACGCCGCCAACACCACCUUCGCAGGCGAUCUUGCUUUCUUCAACGACUGGACUUACUACGUCCCCAAUGCCUGCUGGUAUAACGCCGAGACGGCCAGCGGGCCGUACGCCGGUCUGCUGGACGGGUAUAACCACGGCACGGAGUACCGGGAUCGCUAUGGGCAUUUGUGGGAUGGGGAGAGCGUUGUGCCGAUGUGGGCGAGUGGGUAUGGGAGGGUUAUUGAGACGGCGAGGAAGUUCGGAGAGGGAUUCUUCGGGUAUAAUUAUUCAAGUAAUGCGGCGCUGAAUGUUAUCUCAGAGGAUGAGGGGAUGGGCGCAAAUUCGCUGACGCCUGUUUGUUAUGAUGAUCGUGAUGCGGGGAUUUGCGCGGCUUUGACGAAUGUUAUGCCGCUGUUUAAAGUUGCCGCGGAGAGGUUGAAUGCUCAGAAUCCUGGGUUGGGGGUUAAUGAGACUGAUGUUUAUUAUCUUAUGUCGAUGGCAUCGUUCGAGCUCAAUGCCCGUGCAUUCUCCGAGUGGAUCGACGUCUUCACGCAAGAUGAGUGGGUUAGUUUCGGCUACGUUGAGGAUCUGAACUACUACUACUGCGCCGGACCCGGCGACAAAACCAUGGCCGCCGUAGGCUCCGUCUACGCAAACGCAAGCCUGACCCUCCUCAACGAAGGCCCCGAAAAGACAAACUCGCUCUUCUUCAACUUCGUACACGACACAAACAUAACCCCCAUUCUCGCAGCCCUAGGCCUCCUAACACCCGAAGAAGACCUCCCGCUAGACCGCAUCCCCUUCGGCAACCCCUACUCAACAGGCGAUAUAGUUCCACAAGGCGGCCACUUCACGAUCGAGCGCCUGAGCUGCGCCCAAACCGCCAUCUCAAACGCAGGCAGCUACGUCCGCCUCGUGCUGAAUGAGGCCGUCGUGCCCUUCAACAAGUGCACUUCUGGUCCUGGCUACUCCUGUCCUCUGGAGCAGUAUUCGACUAUCGUGAAGGGCUUGCUGCCUGAUUACGUUGGCCAGUGUAAAGUCCCACACAAGGAUCCGAAGAGCUUGGACUUUUGGUGGGUGUUCAAUACGACUACUGAGUUGAAUUAUCGUACUGGGCCUGUUGGGUGUCAGGAGGGGGCUGUGGAUUUUUGA